AUGACUUUGGAACACUUUCUUACCCCAAGUAACCCAACACCUUUGGUUAUUAAGGAACAUCAUCCGAGAGUCACUGAUAUCACUACAACAUUCAGUUUGGGGAACAUCUUUGGUCUUAAGAAGAGUGAAGAAAGUAACGUGUGCUCUUUAUAUACAUAUGACAAUACGAAAUGUACUCUCUACAAGGAUGGAAGUGUCGUCUGUGUUGGUACGAAAUCACUGAAUGAAAUUAAAGUCGUCGUGAAGAAAUUAAAACGACAUCUGAAUGAAAGUGGGUACAACACACACCACGUCUCAAUCAAAAUCAAAAGCGUGAUCGGUAAAGUGUUAUUCGACUUCGGAUUCGACUUGAAGAAGGUGUAUCUUGCCUUCUUAGAGCAAAGUAGAUACAACCCAGAGCUUUACUCAGCAGUAGUUAUAUCCGAUGAAACUUUUAACUCCACAAUUGCGGUCUACCAAAGUGGAAAAAUAUUGAUCAAAGCUCCUUCCAUCGAAAAGAUGUUGUUUAUGUAUUAUCACAUAGCCCCUAAAUUACUUAGAUAUAGAGUCUAA